UAUAGAGAGUGUAUCGAACGCGCCCCAUGAAAGUUGUAAACACAGGUACAUGUGCAUUUGCGGGCUGGGGUGUAGAUUUUGAAGGUUUCGAGGUUUAUAAAAUCAUUUAAAGAUGACCAGUCCUUUACCUGACCAUGUGAUCAAGCAUAGUGCUGAACUGGGACUUGAAAAAAAUUGGUCUGUUAAGAAGGACUUUGUGGAUGCCUUUCUUAAACGCCACCUUCCUAAAGGGAGACUACUCAAAGGUGAAGAUGAAGAGAUUCAGACAAAGUAUCUGAUGCUGGAUAAUACUGGAGUUAACAAAGUAACAGGAAAAAAACGACCAAGGAAAAAGAAAACUCUUUCUACAAGGGAGUGCAGAAAUCUGAAAAUAUUCAAAGUGGAAAAAGAAGGUCAAACUUACGAUUCUUAUCUACCUCUCAAUCACCUAUGGUUAAAGUACAUGGAAGAACUCACAAACUUCAACAGUUUCACACCCAGUAAGAUGUCAAAUGUACAACAAAGGUUGCUGAAGGCCGACCUGCAUGGUUCUAUUCUGACAGUUCAAAAGUCAAAGUGCCCAAGCUAUGUAGGAGUCACUGGGAUUCUUCUACAGGAAACCAGGAAUACAUUUCUUCUAAUCACCAAGGAAAACAAAGUCAAAUAUAUUCCCAAACAACAGUCAGUGUUCACCUUCACGCUGGGGUCGUACCAGUUCACCAUCUACGGCAAUAACUUCCGUGUUCGGUCUAGUGAGAGAGCUGUUCGCAAAUUCAAAUCAAAAGCCACUGUUGAUUUUUGAAAUGAAAUAAAAUAUCAAAUGUUAA